AUGACCUUGAAAUUUCUUGGGCCCAAGGCCGCUGCAGCUCUGGACAAAGAGCUGAUGAGUACUGGGGCAUUCUCGAUUGACCAGCUUAUGGAACUGGCCGGGCUCCUCCCAGCCGUGGCCGCCGGAUCUUGGUUGCGUGCGGUCCCGGAAAUAACGUACGGUUACCAACCGACCAUAUAUUACCCCAAGAGAAGCAAGAAUGAGCUCUAUCAGCGUCUGGCCAAACAGUUGGAAGACCUAGAGAUUCCUUUCACCGAUGAUUUCCCAACGGCGAUCGAGUCCACGGACCACAUAGUCGAUGCGGUUUUCGGUUUCAGCUUCUCCGGCGAGGUCCGCGAGCCUUUUCCUGCCGUUAUCAAGGCCAUGGAGCAGACCAAGCUCCCAGUGACUUCGGUAGACGCUCCAUCGUCUUGGAACAUCGAGGACGGCCCCCCCAAAUCGGGCCUAGGCAGUCAAUUCCAUCCUACUGCUCUUAUCAGCUUGACAGCGCCCAAACCACUCGUACAGUUCUUCAAGGGCCGACACUUUAUUGGCGGGAGGUUCGUGGCGCCGGCCAUUGCGAAGAAGUAUGAUUUCGAAGUGCCAGAGUACGAAGGCAUCGAUCAAGUUGUCGAGGUCGGCGCCAACGGGCAGAAGCUGUAA